AUGUCUGCAGCAGCGGAUAGAAAAGCUGAAUUGGAGUUAAAAAAAGAGAGAUUGCGUGCGCUUCGCGAAGAGAAACUCAAGAGGGAGGAAUUAAGGCGUCAGGGUCUCAGUGGUAUUUCUAACACUUCUUCGUCAGCUGAUUUGCGUGGUGAAGCUGAUGCUCUUCUGAAAAACUUGGGGAUCGACUCAUUAAAGGAGCCAAUCUCCUCGGAAGCGGACGCGGAUUCAAUUGGAACUUCCGAAGAAGCAACCAAGCCUCUUCUAGCUGUCAAGAGACCCAAGAAGUUGCAGUAUUGUUUCGUAUCCGAAUUCGACGUUCAGCCACAUCCACGUGACAGUUAUGCCAAAGAAACCCAAACUGUGGAAAUCAAUGUCAACCGGGAUCUUCUUACCUACGAUGAUUCCCCGAUGGAUAACGACGGUCAAUUGAUUGGGAGUCCUUAUGAUGACGAUAGAUCCGAUGCGAAGAUGCUAAAAAGCGUCCAUGGUGAAAUCCCUAAACAAAGUGCUCCGAUACCUAAAGAAGAACUUCAAGAGUCCGCUCUUGUUGAGCUGACUGAGGAACAGAAACAACAGAUGCUCCUGUCGGAAGGAUUCCGCAAUUUCUUUGAUAGAUCUGCUCGAAUUGUUGAAAGAGCGCUAUGCGAGAGGGAUCAGUUCUUUCAGAACUACGCUGAUACCAAUUCAAAGGAAGAAUCGCAAGAGGAGCUACUCCCACAUAUCCUGGACCUCUACGCGGAGCGCUGGAACAGUAGGCGUGCCGUGGUGGAUUUGGAUUGGUCGCCGGUCUUUCCCGAGCUUUUAUUGGCCGCCUACAGUGCCAAUGAGGAGGCAGUGAAAGAGCCAGCGGGAUGUUGCAUGGUAUGGAAUCUCAAGUUUCCCACUCGUGGCUCACCCGAGUUCAGCUUUCACUGCAAUGAGCCUAUCACCGCCGCCGCCAUGGUCCGCUUCCAUCCUAAUCUCGUUAUUGGUGGAACCUACUCCGGUCAGGUUGUGCUCUGGGAUAGUCGAUCAAAUAAGCGUACUCCGGUGCAACGAAGCACUUUUACUACAUUGGCGCACACGCAACCAGUCAACUCAGUGCAGGUGAUCGGUUCACAGAACGCCCACAAUGCCAUCACUCUGAGCUCGGAUGGCACCAUGUGCUCGUGGAGCCUAGAUAUGUUGGGCGCCCCACGGGAGCACAUUCGAAUCUGCGAAAGUCCCUCCACUCCAGGGAGCAUCUUUGACCUUUAUCCCACCUGUAUGGCAUUCUUCUCCGGCGAUCAAAACAACUUUGUCGUCGGCACGGAGAGUGGCAGCAUCUACACUGAUCAACGUCACUCAAGCCGGUCCGUCUCGAUGGAAAGUCAUGGUGGACGCCGACUACUGCCCUUUAGAGGGCACUCGACAGUAGUGACUGGUAUUGCAACCCAUCCCAGUUUCUGCGCCAUCUCAUUCUCCCAUAUAUUCCUCUCUUCCUCGCUGGACUGGACUGUUCGGCUGUGGUCGGUUCGGGAUCAUCAUACCCCGCUUCACACCUUUGAUGACUACUCGGAGUGUGUCUAUGGUGUGGACUGGAGUCCCAUCCAUCCUGCUCUUUUUGUUGCUGUUGACGGCAGCGGUCGACUGGACGUUUGGAAUCUGAUUGAUGACAUUGAGGUCCCAACUGCGAGGUGGCUGAACAAGAAGCAGUGGGCAAUGAACAAAGUUAAGUGGGAUACCACUGGACAAUACAUCGCCGCUGGUGAUGACGAAGGUCACGUUCACAUAUGCGCAGUUGCUGGGCGGUUAGCGGUCCCCGGGGCGGAGGAUGCGACGCGGUUGGCUCAAGUCUUUGCUAGACUCAAAUCAGCCUCUGUUGCAUCCAGCCAGAGUGGUCUUCUCUAG